UCAAUGAGGACCGGGCGCUGAUUGGCUACAGGGUCAGGGCCGGGGGCUGGGCGACGGGGUAGGUUGUUCCUGAGGUGGGAGGUGGCACCCGUGGCUGAGGAGAAGGAGGCCUGAGAGCGACAUGUCCCCGGCGGCUGAGGCAGAGCGGCCCGUGGCGCUGUCUUUCUGAGUCUGGGGCGGCCUGGCGGCCGGCCGAGGACAAGGGUCGGCGGGGGCUGCCCCUGCGGUGGUGGCCGCCAUGCUGGGGGCCCGGGCGGUUGAGGGAGCCGCUGUAGCGCUCUUGCAACUGAUGCUGCUGCUGCUGCUGCCGGCGCUCGGGGGGCUGGGGCUCGGCGUGGCCGGUGCGGCGGGGGCCGGGCUGCCCGAGAGCGUCAUUUGGGCAGUGAACGCGGGCGGCGAGUCGCAUGUGGACGUGCACGGGAUCCACUUCCGCAAGGACCCCUUGGAAGGCCGGGUGGGCCGAGCCUCAGACUAUGGCAUGAAACUACCAAUCCUGCGUUCCAACCCUGAGGACCAGAUCCUAUAUCAAACUGAGCGGUACAAUGAGGAGACCUUUGGCUACGAAGUGCCCAUCAAGGAGGAGGGGGACUACGUGCUGGUGUUGAAAUUUGCUGAGGUCUACUUUGCACAGUCCCAGCAGAAGGUAUUUGAUGUACGAUUGAAUGGCCAUGUUGUGGUGAAGGACUUGGAUAUCUUUGAUCGUGUUGGGCACAGCACAGCUCAUGAUGAAAUCAUCCCUAUGAGCAUCAGAAAGGGGAAGCUGAGCGUCCAGGGGGAGGUGUCAACUUUCACAGGGAAACUCUACAUUGAGUUUGUCAAGGGGUAUUAUGACAAUCCCAAAGUCUGUGCACUCUACAUCAUGGCUGGGACAGUGGAUGAUGUACCAAAGCUUCAGCCUCAUCCAGGAUUGGAGAAGAAAGAAGAGGAAGAAGAAGAAGAAGAAUACGAUGAAGGGUCUAAUCUCAAAAAACAGGCCAAUAAGAACCGGGUGCAGUCAGGCCCCCGCACACCCAACCCCUAUGCCUCGGACAACAGCAGCCUCAUGUUUCCCAUCCUGGUGGCCUUCGGAGUCUUCAUUCCAACCCUCUUCUGCCUCUGCCGGUUGUGAGAACAAAUGACCAUCCUGAACACGGUGGAGGGGUGCAGGAAAGAAACCAAACCUGUUGGCUUUGGUUUCUGUAUUUUUCACAAUGAUUAAUGGAGAAACAAAACAAAAGAAAAAAAAACACACAAAAAUUAAAGGAGAUAAAAAGAGGCAGAGUGAGUAGAGAGCAGCCCUCAUCCACCACCUGGUCCCAGACCUGCUUCAAUCCUAGUCCUCUCUUUGUGGCUGGCCCCCAGCCAUUUCUUUCCUUUCGAGGGUACUUAGGGUACACUGGAUCCUUCCUGUUCAAGGAUCCUCAUUUGUAUACCUGGUGGAAAGGACUCUGAAUUCAGAGCAGUCACAGUUCCUUUUUUUAGCUUGGAAAUUAACAGCAGGGAAAUGUCAUCUUACUACCUGAAAAGACCAGUCCUGGGAGUUGAGUAUGCUCUGAACUCAUCUCCAGAUAUGUUUUCAUAUGUCCUGGGAUUGAGAGUGUAUAUGUCAAGGUAUAUAAUUUGUAUUGUAAAAACAAAAGGAAAAAAGAAGAGUGAUUUAAAAAAAGAAAGAAAAGUAAAAGCUUCCUUACUUGGAAGCCUUUCUAGAUUAAUCCAAUGAUGGUUCCACCUUAAGUGUCUGAGCUUUGUCAUUGCUUAUCUCCCUGACAUGUGCCAGUUAGAGGACUGUCUGGUAUCCAAGACAAUUAGUUCACAUCAAGUCCUCAAAUUGCCUCUGACUUGUUACCACAACAAAUCAUUUUGAUUUCAGUGCCUGUUGGGGACUUGAUUUCUUCUCAAUUUUUUUCUUAAUCUGGCUCUUUUGAAAUCUCUUCUCCCUCUCAACCAUCCCACUAAGUUAUUACCAAGAAGGGAAGGAGACAUGGGGAUUUGGGGUUCUCUGCUUGAAUGUCUUUUCCUUGACCACCUCACCUUGUUGGUACCUCCCUCCCUGGGUCUCUGAGCCAGCAGCCAGGAGGACCUGACCCAGAAGCUCUUUAUUGGCCCCUUUGUAGGGUCUUGCUGCCAGGGGGCAGGGAUGCUUUCCAGCCUGCAGCAACAGAACACUUGACCUUAAAAGCCUCUUCUGGUCUUUGGAUUAGAAAAGGCUUAUGUUAGCAUAGCUUAAGAGCAACCUCAGAGACUUGAGCCCUAUUAAGUGACUGACCACUGUUUAGAUUGUCUGGUAUCUGACGUUCAUUUAUUUCUAUGUCCUUCUGUGUCACAGUUCAACCAGUUUUGAUUUAUGCCUAGAGCUGCCCCCAAGGAACUAGACUGAUUGGCUGUAUGGGCCCAGCAAUGAUCUCAAUAGUAUGUACCCUGCUCCGUGCCAUCCUUUCAUUUCCCUAUCCAGGCAGCAGUCAGGGUCUUGGUGUGGUGAGCUGAAAGAUUUCCAGUCAGCCAUAGUCCUUGUGGCUCUGAAGCUAACCUUAGCAUCUAAGUGUCUGUCUUGAAUUCCCUGGAAAAAUUUCUACAGGAAAUGAAGCUUCCCUGGUCCCUUCGUUUUUUGGUCACCAUUAUCCAUUACCCAGUUAGGGGAACAAUGAGGGAGGACCUGGCCAAGCUUAAAGGACUUUGGUAGAUGACAGACAGCAAGAUUAGCUUCAUUGUGGGCUGGAGUGUAGAAUCUCAAGCCAGGGCCAUCUUUCUACAAUAUGUUUAGUUUUGAGUUUGCCUUAUUAGAUACGUUUUUUAAGAGCUCCGUAUCUUUGAACUGCUCUUCAUGUGACAAAGUCAGUAGCUCUUGGGCUCAUGUCCUGGGUUUUGGCUCUUAAUGAUUACUCCAGGCCAGCAUUUAGUCAUUUGAGAAUUGUAGCCCUGUAUUAUUUUUGCUGUGACUUGCGUCUCAGUACUAGGUUGGUUGUGGCCUGAGGCUGCAAUCAGAGGAACACUUUCCGGAGUGUUUCAUGAAGCUCCCCUGCUUUUAAAGGAUGAGGUACUGUAGCCUUGGUCUUGGACCACCUGCCUGGGGCAGUGGACAUCCUGACUAAUUGGGCUUCUGGCAGUGGCUUUGGUUCCCAGUCUAUCAUAAUACCCCAAAGCCAGGGGCCACUGCUGAUAGAUUAGACAAGAUGAAGAAGGAGGACUUGCUGCCUCCAUUUUGCCUUGUUUGUUAGUUUGCCUGGGUCUCUCUGAGGAGGGAGGGGGUCCCGCCUCCACCUCAACCCAUCCCUUUAGUGACUCAGAGUCUCAGAAGGAAACCCUGACCCCUGGGGCCGUUUCCUAAUGGUACUGUAAGCCAAGCAGCUUUGCUUCUGCCUCUGUUUCCAAGCCCACCCCUUUCCCCUGAGCUCAGGGAUAGGAUGGGCGCUUUCCUCUCUGGUUGUGUCCGAAAGGAAGGAACAUCUUUCUAUGGCUAACAAAAACCAGGGGAAGUGAGGAAACAGGAAGAAGUAUGGUGGGGGCCGGGGUAGAUUCUCCUGGAGCCAAGCCCACCCACCUAACAAGAGCUGCCUAGGGCUGGCUGCAGCUGGCUCAUGAUGCUGAACUUGAAAGCUUCUUUUUUUUUUUUUUUUUCCUCCUUUAAGAUAUAGGUACAUGAAGUUUAGGUUAAAGGGGUGGGCUGGGGCACUCUUUAUUUUUAUUUUUGUAUGUUAUGUGUCAAGAAUUACCCUGUUGUUCAUCUUUUGCUUUUUGCACUGUUUGUUCCCCUGUCUGUGUUUUGAGCUAGUGCUGGGACGGAGAGGCUGCCCCGGGCUUGGGAGGUGAUGAGGGCUGCCACUUGGCGAGUAGGGGGAAGAGAGGUCUGUCUCUUUGAUUGGAUCUACGCUCUGUCUCAGGAUUUUAGAUCCCACUCAGCCCAGCUGGCCAAAGACAAGAGCAGAGAAACUUAUUUUGCCAGAAAUGUGGCCUAAGUUGAGUUUGUGGAAGGGCCAUGCAAAACCCUCUGCUGGAGAUGGGCCGAGAGUCUGCAGUCUAGCUCUGGUUUGGGUCAGGGGCAGCUGGUCUCUAAUCGGACUUUUUCGGGUCUCACUCAUGCUUGCUUACUGAAACAUCGUGUCAAGAAACUCUGGGAUUCAUCUUUCUUAAACCAGAUCCAUUUUUCUAAAAAUCUCUACUGUUGUGAGGCUGCUCAGUGAAUAGCUCGAGUUCUGGUGAUUUGAAAGACAGUUAUCUUCAAGUGUCCAUGGCGUUAGACUCCCAGGAGGACUACCCCCUACCUGUAGGGCCACCUGUUCGGUUGAGAGUAUGAUCAUGUUCUCUUGCUCCCACUGCCUAAGAGUUGCUGGGAUCACGUUAGAAGUCGCUUAGGCUUUAAUGAGAUGGGGUGAAGUUUGAGUUAAGUUUACCUCCCCCUUUCUGUGCCUGGGAAACUGGUCCAGUUUUAGAAUUAUGAUUUGACUUCUUUCUCUUUUGGUAGAAGCUUCUGUUUUAAGGAAUUUCUCUUUUUAUCCUGCCCGUAGCCUCUCCUGGAAUGGCCUGGCCAUGGCUUCUAGAAUCUCAGCUGAGAACUUCAGAAAACAGUAGCAGUAUUUUCCUUUACCUAGUGCGAACAUCCCUUUCCCUAGGAAUGAGCUCACCUUGGGAAGCCCAGGGGAAGAAUCAUAAGGUUCUCUACCCUCCCUGGGGAUUGGGGAAAGACCCACCCCCAGUCAGCACAGUGCCUUUUCCUCUCCUGCUCUGAGCCAGGGUGGGCAUUCCCUCUAGAUUCAGGUCUGGGCAGAGGUCCUACAGUCCCUGCCACGGGGCUACUUUCCCAUCCCUUCUUGCCCCUCCCCUUUGCUGGCCUACUCUGACAUAAUUCUUCAAGUGUCUUCUUGCCUUGAGGAGCCUUAAUGGCAUCAAGUGGCAACAUGUAAUAUUGUCCUCCAUGGCUCUCCAAAAGAACCUAGGAGAGCAAGGGAGCUUUCUACAGUGAGAACUAAUAGAUGUUCCUGUUUUUGUUUUUUUUUUUUUAAAAACAGGCAGGGUGGGGAGGUAUGUUUUGGGCCUCCUUCUGCUGUGGCCCCUGAGGAAGGAGGCUGGGGACAAGGCUGUGAUAGUGCACUGAAGCAGAACCAGAAACAACCAGGAUCUGUUCAGAAAUCUCAGCAGAAACCGGUCUCUUUUCUAUGGAAAGAUGUAAUUAGAGAUCAAAGAGCUCUAAGGAAAUUGCAAAGAAGCCUUAAUGUUCAGGCUUUGGAGAGAUCAGAGCAAUUUUUCCUUUUCAGUCAGAGAGCUAAAACUCUUUCUGUAUUUAGACCUCUCCUGAGGCAAGAGGGCUGAAUUUCCUCAUUUUUUUUUUUUUUAUAAAACUAGAUUGGCACCAACGGGUCAGCUGCCCAGUGAGGGCGGGUUUCUCCUUUGCACAUGUGCGGCUUGCUGCCGAUCUGGUUUGUCCUUCUCAGCUGCCUUUUGUUUAGCCUGCAUUUGGUAGCCAGAGCAUCUUGAUAAGAGCAGGUGAUUUGUGGACUGGCUGGGUUGGCAGGAAAGGAGCAGGAUGGAUCUCUCGGGACAGGUUCCCCCAGGAGUAUAAAACAAGGAGCCAGGAUUGUGCUGGCAGCCGGGCAGAUAGUAGUGCCUGUUUCAGUUGGCAGAGAGGGCCUUGGCACCUCUCACAUCCAGGCAGUGUUGUGCGACGGGGGCACACAGCACUGGGAAAAGCAGAACUCCAUUCUCACCUCUAUUUUCAGCUUCUGUGCUUGAUUUCAGUAUGAGGAAAAACAACAACAAACUGAAGUGUGCUUUCCGUCCUUUCAAAGGACAACUGUCGGAAAAGGAGAGCUGAGUUGCCAGGUGGGGGGAGAGAAAUUGGCAGGGGGAAACAUUCUUGACUUCUCUCUUCCCUGGUGUGUCCUGAUCCAGGGAAUGAAAAGAAAUUUGACCCUGGAUUAGUUCCCUCCUUGGAUUGAAGGAAUCUUACCUUUUCCUCCCAUGAAGUUCUCCCAGGCUAGCACCAGCUGCCCAUUCUGAGCUCAGGGCAGCCUCUCCAACCAUUGUUGGCCUAACCUGGCUUGUCGGGAAACCAACCCUACCCCUCCACACUGGGCCUGGCUGCUCUAUUCUGUACCAAGUACUGGAGAAAAAAUGUCAAGUUCUUAGUAGCGCUUGCAGCUCCUAUUCUAGUUUCCCAUCCUUUCUCUGCAGAGGCCAAACCAACUCUUUGUAGCCACAACACACAUUACGGUGGCACAGUGAGAUGUAAUCGAGGGGCUUUGAACCUGGCUGGCCGGGGAGACCAUAGGGGUGGAUAGAGCCGGCCCUCUUUCUGGGCUGUCUCCAUCUGUCCCUACCCCUUCCAUGCCCCACCCCACUCCCACCAAAAAGUAAAAAAUCAGGAUGUUUUUCACUGUCCAUUGCUUUGUGUUUUAAUAAACAAUUUACAGUGA